AUGUCAAUGCAUUUACCAGUGACAAUAUCUAUUCAUCGUGGUGAAGUUGAAAGUUUAUUUUUACCAAAUUUUGAUUUAUCCUAUGAUAAUUCUAUUAAUGAUAUACUAUUACCAUUAAACUUAAGUAAUAUUGAUUGGUAUUUAAUUUCGUCAAGUGAUUCAAAAAUGUCACCUUUAUUACCGUCACCAACUAAUAUUUUUACUUCAACUAAUUCAACAGCAGUAACAUCUUCAACAACACCUAGUCCAAUGCCAUUAGUUCAAGCAUUACCUGUUGCCCUUGUUCUUUCAAGUAUUGUUGUUUUAUGUAUAUGCGGAAAUAUACUUGUUAUUUUAUCUGUCUUUACAUUUCGACCAUUACGAACUGUACAAAAUUUCUUUAUUGUUUCACUUGCUUUUUCUGAUAUGUUUAUUGCUAUUAUGGUUAUGCCAUUUCAUAUUGUUAGACAUAUACUUAAUCGAUGGGUAUUUGGAGAAAUACUUUGUCAAAUUUUUGUUACUUCUGAUGUACUUUUAUGUACAUCAUCAAUAUUAAAUCUUAGUGCUAUUGCGCUUGAUCGUUAUUGGGCUAUAAGUGAUCCGAUACAAUAUGCUCGUAAACGUACAAUACGACGUGUCCUUUUUAUGAUUAUGCUUGUAUGGGUAUUAUCAGCAACUAUAUCAAUUCCACCAAUAAUAAUAACAAUGCUUGGUUCCAGCCGACUACAAACUUUUGAUGGUUUACAAUGUGACUUAUCAAGAAAUACAGCGUAUGUUAUUUAUUCAGCAUGUGGAUCAUUUUAUAUUCCAGCAUUAAUAAUAACAAUUGUUUAUAUACAUGUCUUUGUUGAAACAAAAAAACGUUUUCGUGAACGAGCUAAUGCUGCAGCAAAAUUAGUAAAUGCUACUCGUGUCAUUGAUAAUGAACAACCAUCAUUAAUUAAUGUUGCAUUAAAAAAUAAUAGUAUUGCGUAUAAACAACGUCAUCGACAUAAUCAUCGUAAAAAUCAAACACAUAAACCAUCACCUCUUCAUACAAUGGGUGCAUCAUUUAAAUCAUUAGCAUCAAACGGUAGUGGACCAGAAAAUUUUAGUACCGAUGAUGCUGAUGAAACAAUAAUUACAAAAGUAUUACCAUCAUCAAAUAAUAAUAAUCUAGUUAACUGGCAAACAAAAAAUAAAGAUGAUUUAACAAUUCCAUCUAUUAAUGAAAAUGAUGUUGAUAAUAGUUCUAUAAAUCAACAACAAAAUGCUGCUGUACAAACAAGUGAAUUAUUAGAUAAAACACAACGUUUAUCAAAAGAUGCCGGUCGUCGUAGUCUUUUUAAAGGUAAAAGUUUAUCAGCAUUAAUGAAUGAACGACAAAAAAUAUCGUUAACACGUGAACGUCGAUUAUCUCGAACACUUGGAAUAAUUAUAAGUGUAUUUCUUCUAUGCUGGUUACCAUUUUUUGUUGUUUAUCUUAUUUCAGCUUUUGAUAAAGAUAUAUAUGGAAAGAUGCAAGAACCAUUCUCAUCACUUAUUCUUUGGCUUGGUUAUAUGAAUAGUGCAUGUAAUCCAUUAAUUUAUACUGUUUUUAAUGUUGAAUUUCGUACAGCAUUCAAACGUUUAUUAUGUCCGCAUUCAACAAAUAAUACUUUAAGUCGAACAAAUACAAAUAAACAAAGUCGACGUUAA